AUGAGUGAUACAAAUGAGAAUUACGAUGAAAUAAAUGAUGAGAAUAUGAAUGAAGUUACAAACGAAAUUUCAACUUCAAAUGAAAAUUUAGACAAUUUAGAUAAUCCAACCAAGAAGAGAAUGAGGGGAAGCAGCGAUGAAGAAUGGACAGAAGUAACACGAAAAAGCAAAAAACUUAAGGAUAUAAACAAAAUAGAAGUAUACAUAUCCAGUAAAGAAAAACUACCAAAACAAUUUAAUUUAGCCAAGAUAUUUAGAGACCAGAAUAUUAAAGAUAUUAUGAGAGUAAAGUUUACCAAUCCAUACCGAGUUCGUAUAGAACUGGGUAAUGAAAUUAGUGCGGAGAAAUUAGAAACAUGCAAAUACUUUCUUGAUCAAGGGUGGAAUAUUCACAGAGCAAUGGAGAAUAGUAUGUCGUACGGAGUGAUACGAGAUGUUGACUUGGACAUGUCAGAAGAAAACAUUUUGGAGAAUAUUUUUUGUCCUGAACCAGCUAAGCUAAUUUCAGUUCUUCGUCUGAAUCGCAAGAAUUUUGGGGAAGAUGGAUGGUCACCUAGUGAAGCUGUGCGCCUUGCCUUUAAAGGUUCCUUUCUACCACCAUAUGUGUACACUCAUGAUUUGAGAAUAAAAGUCGAACCAUAUGUAUUUCCGGUUUCACAGUGCUCACGUUGUUGGAGAUUUGGCCAUGUACAUAAAAAAUGUCCUAGUAGCAAGGUGAUUUGUCCCAAAUGCGGAAAAAAUCACGAAAAUUGUGAAACUUCUGAUAUGAGAUGUGUUAACUGUGGAGGGAAUCACAUUUCUCUCUCAAAAGUAUGUCCAAGCUUUCAAAGGGAAAAAAGAUUGAGAGAACUUAUGGCUGAGUUUAAUUGCACAUAUCGAAAGGCCCUAACUAUAUAUGCACCAAAAGAACCUAGUAAGGAAAUCAACAUUGAGAGAUUAAGUAGUGAGAUACAUCCCACAUUGGAAGAAGAGAACUUUACGUUUCCCACAAAUAUUAGUAGUCCAGUUUUUAAAAUAACCACUAAAGCACAGAUACAUAAAAAGAAAGGGAAAUCAUCAACUAAACAUAAACUGAACGAGGAAGAUAAAACAGAUAUUAGUUAUAUGGAGUGGAUAGAAGAAGGACAACAUAAUAAUACUGAAAGGAAAAACUCCGUUGAAUCAGAAGCAAAACAAAGAGAUGUUACUUUCAAGGAGUUAUUAAUGAGGUUACGAGAGAUAAUAUUCAUGAAGGGAAGCACUAUACACACAAUUUUUAAAGAAGUUAUCAAGACGUGUAUUGAGUGGGUAAUAUUAGUAUUAGCUGAUAAUGUAGCGGACUGGCCUAUACUCAAAUUAAUUAUGAACCUCCUAUCAAAUGGCAGAUAA